GAGCACUCUUCCAACCAUUUCUUCGCGACACACAGUCUGAGAUUUUCUGGAACCGCCGGCGCGAAUCUCGCCGGAAUCUGACACACCGAUUGCCGGAGAGAAAUUAGUGUUUAUAUUUAUUUAUUUAUUUAUUUCUAGGAUUUUUAUAGAGAUCGAGAAGAUUUAUGGGGAAGAAGAGAAAGUCUGUGGCUACGAGCCUCGAUGAGGUUGAUCGAACCAUGUACUCGACGUUUUGUAGCGCUGCGAACUCGCUCUCUCAGCUCUACACGCAGGCUAUGAAUCAACAAAAACUCAGCUUUCAGGCCGGUGAACGCCAUGGAUUGGUGGAUUAUGUUUUUUUUGUCUACUAUGAAGCAUCCCAAAAAGAGGAAAAACUUUAUCAGUGGAUUUUGAGACAACAAGAGGGAGGAUCAAGAGUAAACACUGUUGAUAUACUAGCCCACCUGCAGACUGAGCUGGACUGUUGUGGAGAGGAGCCAUCAAUGUCACCCAGAGCGCUGCCAACCCAGAAUCAGCAUUCACAGCCGACAAUGCACUUGACAAAUUCAGGUAUUUUGGUCUCUUCAGGAUCAUCAGGUGCACCAAGUGUCGGGCAGGGAUUUCACUGUGAUCAGCAGUCCAAGAACUAUGUUUUCUCAAAUGCUCUUUCAAGCCCUGUUCGUCUCAGCCUUCAGAAUUAUCAUAUCGCUCAAGGAGGAAAUGGAUUUAGAAACAAUGAACCGACCUUUGUGCAACACCAGAACAGAGAUUCUAAUUCCUACAACUCCAAUGAUUCCUCCAUGGACAUGCAUGCAGAUAGUCCCGGUAAUGAUUCUACUUACUGAAUAUUCUUAGGUAGUCUGCAUCGCAAGCUUGCUUGUUGAGUGCUGGUCAGAGUGUUGGGACUUGGGGUACUAUUCAGCUCUGUUGCUGUAUUGUUUAGGGCAGUCGCUGCAAGGAAAGAAGGCACAACAUGGAAAUGGUUUCUUCAUACAAAGAAUAAACAAAAUCAUUGAAGAAUAAACAAGCGGUCAUGGUGUCUUGUUGGGAAUGUGUCGAUUAGAUGUAGUGUGUGUCCUCAUGGGGGUAGAAUGAAUCUUUUGAUUAGCUCCGAACCUGUUAAAUGAACCUUUUUCUUUCUUCCUGUUGUCAGUUUGUUUGGGUCUUCUAUGUUUUAUGAUAAGUGUUUCUUUCUUGUAGGUUCUGAAAUAUUUGAAUUGAUGUUGUUCAUUGCAUCUAUCUUAUAGUGAUGUCUUUCUUAUUAGUUUGUGA